ACUUUACAGGAAGUUCCUUCGUUUAGAAUUAUAGCUCCACAAAAUAUUUGCAAACAAGAUUCUAAUGCUACAGCUCUGAAGCUACCCGAUGGCAUAACUGUUAGUUUUCAACCAAAGGAUGGCUUUAAGCUUUCAUACAAGUUUCGAAUAUUUUUUAAAACGAUAGGUCCAGAGAUUUUUACACAACGUGAAACAUUGAUUGUAUGGAAAGCAGUGAGAGCCCUUGAACAGCGGCUCAACACUAAAGAUCGAUUGACGAUUUCUAAGGAUAACAUGGUUUUCAUAAGUAAAGCUGAAGUUGUAGCCGGUGUAAGUUAUAUAUUCCAUGUUUAUGGUAUUACCGAUGCUGGAGAAACUACUAAAGAGCAAGUGUUCACCAUUCAAUAUUCUAAUGGAGUUUUUCAAAAUGAAAAUGUUCCAGAAGGUAUAAAUUUAUUAUUGAUUGGAUCAGAAACAACAGUUGCGGCCUCCAAAUAUAGUUUACAUGCGAAAGUAUCAUUUUGUAAGCCAAAGUUCAAUUAUUUUAUACGUUGGAAAAUUCAUAACUUAGAUGAGGAAUUUCAAGAGUUGCAGCAUGUCACCGCCACUACACUUAAUAUACCAAAAAAUGUGUUUGAACCGGAAAGCAGCAUUUCCAUUGAAGCUCUCGUAUUGGAAGUGAAUAGCACAAGACUACUAGCCAAAGAUUCUAUUGAUAUCAACGUUGUUAGUAGAGGUCUUCAAACACACAUAAUUCCAUGUUCAGCGAAAAUCGGAGUAAAUAAGCCCUUAGCAUUUCAAUUAUUUAUAAGAGACUUUGAUAAUGAAAUGGAAAAUAUUGAAAUGUAUUGGGAAUAUUUUGAUAUGGACGAUGUUUCCGAAAUAUAUACCGAUAUACAACAAAGAGAUACGAAAUUUAUUGUUACUUUUCCAAAACCUGCCAGAUAUCAAGUGGUGGCUAAUAUAAAAUUCAAUGAAAAGAUCACUAAAGAAAUCGCUGAAGUUGAGGUUGUCUCCAAUAUAUUUUUAAGCUAUGACUUUUCGCAUGUACCUAAUCUCAAUCCCGCUACAAAUUCCUCAUUUCAUUUGAGUGUAUUAGUAACGGAUUUAAUUCCGGAAUGCAAAGCAGGUUGGACUUGUGCCCAAGAAGAAGGAUUUAAGUACAUUAAUCAGGAUGAUAUUGGCAAAGAUAACUUUGGGCACACUGAAGUUUCUAAUUUAGAAAAGAAUUUCUUGACAGAAAUAGCAGAUUUUGGAAAUUCUACAGUUAAUCGAGAAAUUGUUUUAAAGAUACCUGCUCCAAGUAUGGAUAAUACUCGAUGGAAAGGUUUACAAGGAGAUGUACGUUAUAAAUUUCGCUUAGAUGCAGUUUGUCCAAUGGCUUACAGUGAGGUGGAAACUUCAAAACAAUUGGUAACCAGUCAUUUUGAGUUUAUAAUUAAUACCAACUCUCCACCAGCAGCAGGAAAAAUUGAGAUCAGACCAUAUAAAGGAACAGCUUUAAGAACAGUAUUUCAAAUAAGUGCUUCCAGUGGUAAAGAUUUAUUACUGGAUUCUCCCAUCACUUAUGAAUUGUGUGGAAACUUUGAUGGUUCUACUAUUUGUUUUGGAGAAUAUCUGGAGUAUAAAUCAUGGGAUUCUGUAUUACCUUACACAAGUAGUCCGAUUAAAUUAUUUGUCAAAAUAUGUGAUGUUAGAGGGGCUUGUAAUAUAAUUUAUGGAGACCCAUUAUCUAUUGACUAUACUACAAUAACUGAUACGGAAUUCAACAUGCAAAAAGAAAUUGUAAAAUCGGCAUUUAUAAGAACAGAUUACGAGACUGCACAUAAUCUCAUAUUUAUGGCAGCACUUACAUAUAAGAAUGCUGAUCUGAAAAGAUAUAAUGAAUGGCGAGACUAUAUAAAAGAUAUUAUGCAUAAAGAAAUAAAUAAAUUGGUGGAACACCCGACUACACAAUUUUAUAUCUCCCAUAAUGAAAUUAUACAAUUUGUCUCAAGAGCCAAAAAUAAUUUGGAAUUACUUGAUUUAAAUGAUCCAUCGACUUUAGAAAAACUUCUGGAAGUUCUAGAUCAAAUAACUACAGUGAGUGCAAAUAAUGAUAUAGCAAGUCAACCCGAUGCGCAGGGAAAAAAUUUAGAAAUGUUGGAUAGAUAUAGAAGUUACUCCGGUGACCGAUACACAAAUAAUAAAGUAAAAACAAUUUCUGUGGAUUUGGCUUAUGUUGAAAUGAACUUGCAACUUAUACAAGAUAUACUCAAAUCAAGGAGUAGUAAUGGCUCUACGGAUAACAUAAAAGUUACUGAGAGAGUAAAUUCAUUGGUGGAGAAAAUGUGCUACAGUGAGCUAAUUCUUAAUGAGAACAUUAAAACAAAUUUUGCUAGUAUAAGCAUUUCUAAAAUGACAGGGAAUUAUCUAUUAAAAAAGGAAUUUUCUAUUUCUGCUAUUCAUACCAAAGAGGAAGGCUCAUUUAAGAUACGUCAAGCAAAUUUAAUAUCUGAAACAACUCCAUAUUGUGUGUCGAUAGUGCAAUAUACUGAAGAUUUUUUUACUAAUCAAAAUAACUACGUUAUUAACCUCGCCGUCUUUGACUUAAAAAUCCUAACGUCUGUAUUAGAUUGGAAGGCCAAUGAAGCACAUCAGGAACCGCAUACUCAUAGUUUACAAAUAAAAUUAGCGAAAUCUAAAUCAGAUGAAAAUAUUUGCCUCUCUAGAAGGAAUAGGAAUAGUGCUUGGGUAACAGACAAUUGCAAGGUUAAAGCUGUUAGUAUUCUACAUGUGUUCUGUAGUUGCUUCUACUUAGGAUACUUCAGACUCUCUGCUAUAAAAAACAAUCAUGACAAUGGAAUUAGCUUUCGUCCGAGUCCAACUAAGAAUAUUAUUAGUUUCCCUAAUGAUAAUCACAUCACACCGAACAUAUUUUUAUCAUCGACCAGUGAAGCAACCACACCAGCUCUCUUUACUAUGGCGGCAGUACCUUCACAAAAUAUUAGUAAUAUAGCUACCACAAUGUAUGUAACUCGACAAGAACUUCGAACUACAACACCAGCAAAUCAUAAAAUUGAUGCGGAUAUUGAGAAAGGAUAUAUAAAAACUGCUAAACCAAAUGAAUCGGUUAAAAAGGCUUCGCCUUUAAUUUACGCUAUACCAGUUGCAUUGCUUCUAAUCGUUGCAAUAGUCUUUGUCUUCCUGAUGAUUUUGUACCGUCGUCGACCUAAGAAAUCAAAUGCAUCCACAAUUCCUGGACUAAAUAUUCAAUUGGAAAGCAGACAACGCCAAGCUGGAAUCAAAUAUGCAACGAUCUAUGAUCAACAUUUAGUUCGUGGUAGCUUUUGAGAGUUUAGAUGGUUAAUAAUAUUUUUUAGUAUUAGAAAAAUAAUAUGUUUAACUAGAUUUUUUAUACCCUACAGUUAUUAAUUAUUAAUUUUUUUCCCCCCAA